CUUUGUUUUGCUCGGCAAACAAGACACACCUGUCAGGGCGGGAUCAAGUAAAUCCCAUCAGAAUGUGUUUGUCCGUCAUUGCAGGCUUCUCCUUCUUCUAAUGCUGUUUGUGCUCUAUCACACAGUGUGCUCUUUUCACGCACAGUAUCCUGGCAAAAAUAUGUUUUAACAUCGGCAUCAGUCAGUGGUGCAGAUCCAUCAUGAAUGAAACGCAAACAUCUGGAGAUGAAGAUUUUAUUCCACAAUGCAGUGCUGAUCAUGGAGGAGAGUCCAGUAUUACAGCAGGAAUGAAAAAAUAUGCCUGUUUUCUAACACUGGAUCCAAACACAGCAAACAAUGAUCUCCGUCUGUCUGAGGACAACCGAGAGGUGACAUGUGUGUCUGAUUCUCAGCCAUACCGUGAUCAUCCAGACAGAUUUGAUGAUGUGUGUCAGGUUUUGUGUAGAGAGAGUCUGUGUGGACGCUGUUACUGGGAGACUGAGUGGAGUGGAGAAGUGUUGGUAUCAGUGUCAUAUAAGAGCAUCAGCAGGAAGGGACGGGGUGAAGAGUGUUGGUUUGGAGGUACUGAUCAGUCCUGGAGUUUGAUCUGCUCUCCUUUCAGAUACUCAUUCAGACACAAUGACACAUGGACCGAACUCUCAGUGAAGCCCAUCAUCAUCAGAAAAGGAACUGGAGACUAUGAUAAUGUCUAUAAAGUAGGAGUGUAUGUGGAUGAGAGCGAAGGAACUCUGUCCUUCUUCAGCAUCUCCAGAAACACAAUGAGACUCAUCCACACAGUCCAGACCACAUUCACUCAGACACUCUAUCCUGGGUUUAUGGCUUGGUUUGGAUCAUCUGUGAAACUGUGUUGAUGAAUCAGAAGAGACUGAUGAGAUUCUACCCAUAAUUCUUUGAGCUGCAUGAUGAAUCAGUAACAGUGAGAUGUUAUGAGUCUCUUCAAGACAUUAAUACUGCAGCUCAACUUCUAU